AUGAAAUCGACGAGCAUUAUGAUUCGAGAGGAGGAAGAAGAACAGAAGAUGGGUUUGCUCAGUAAGAAAGAUUCUGAUGAGCAUGGCAAUGGCUCGUCCCCGCUCAAUACGUUGGCGGAGGCAGCUUGUUUUAUUGCUGCCCAGAAAACGAAGGAAGAAAUUUUGGUACCUCCAAAGAAACGCUUCUCCAACUUCAACUUUUUGAAUGAUAUGUCUGCUGGCCCUAGCAAUAUGUCUACUACUCCAAAAGAAGAAAACAGGCUCAUCAUCAGAGGAGAAGAAGAAGUCUCACACUGCCCCAUCCAACAAGUCACAAAUUUACUUGAGGAAUAUCUAAUACAGAACUACCCUAAGAAACUAAGGUCGUCAUGUAAAAGUAUCACCAUAUUCGGCCAAAAGCUAAGCUAUGCUCAGAAGAAGAGAGCUAGCUUUUCCAACAUGUCACUGGGCUUGAAUGUGAAGAAAGACAUUAAGAAGAAAAAGAGGAGGGUGGUGGUGGCGGCGAGGAACAAGGGUAAGAAGGUCAUAUUCGACAACGACAUUCCUCCCCCUAACUUGCCUGAAGAAUUCAAGAGUUUGAUUGGAAAUAUGAACGGGACAAAUGUGCAAAGGUUGGUGCACAAGAGUUUGUUUGAGAGUGACAUAAAGAGCCAGCAAUGCAGGCUGCUGCUGCCUCGGCAGCAAACCAGAUCCACGACUUUCCUCGAACCCCAUGAGAAGAAUAUACUAAGAAAUUAUGGGUCCCUUACAGUUCCAUUGAUAGACCCAAAGCUUAAGCAACAAGAAAUAAACUUGGGGUUGUGGAAUCCAAACAAAGCAAAGGAAUUCUAUGUGUUAAAAUCUCCCUGGAAACGCAUUGUGAGUGAUCAUGGACUAGACGUAGAUGAUGUGGUGGAGCUUUGGUCAUUCCGGGUUAAUCAUAACAACAAUGAGAUUAACGGUGGCUACGACAACGGCGGUCAGCUUCAUUUUGCUCUUGUUUUGGUUGGGGAUGCUAUUAAAAAGGAAAGUGGCAAAGAGGUUACUGCUAUUUCUGCUAAUGAUGAAGGUAGUAGUGUGAGCAACAAUUUAAUGGAUGUACAAUAUUUAUUGUGA